GGAGCUCGGGGCGGCGGCGCCCCGCCGCCGGCCAUGGCCGUGCCAGCCGCGCUGCUCAGCCCCCACCACCUCCUCUCCUUCUGCUUCCCCGCCGCCGGCGGCCUCCUGGGCUAUGCCGACCUGGAGAAGGGCUACGAGGGCAGCGGCGGGGGCGAGGCGGGGGACUUUAAAGAAGCCACCAGGGACCUGCUGAGCUUCAUCGACUCGGCCUCCAGCAACAUCAAGCUGGCUCUGGACAAGCCGGUGAAGUCCAAGCGGAAGGUGAACCAUCGGAAGUACCUGCAGAAGCAGAUCAAGCGCUGCACCGGCAUCAUCGCCGCCGCCUCCCCGCCGCCGCCCGCUCCUCCACCGCCCGCCGCCGCCGCCUCCUCCCCGCCCGCCGCUUGCCCCGCCAAGCCCCCGCCGCGCCGGGAGGCUUCGCAGGCGGCCAGCAGCCUCCAGAGCAAGAGCCUGGCCGCCCUCUUCGGCUCCCUGCAGCAGGGCCGGGGACCGGCGCUGCCCUCCGCCGCGGGCCGCGGGCCACCUCCGCCGGGAGCUAAGGAGCUGGAGAAGGGCGGCGGGACAGGCGGGGCGGAGGCGGCCGAGUUCUUCGAGCUGCUGGGCCCGGAGUACGGCGCGCUGCUGCCCGAGCAUCCCGCCCCGCCGGACGCCUUCCCCGGCGCCGCUCGAUUGCCCGCCGAGCUGGGCUUGGAGCACGGCCUCUACGAAGCGCCUCUGCCUCUGCCCGCGGCCCACCAUCCGCUGUUGGGCGGGCUGCUCUACCCCGAACCGCCCUGGAGCCCGGCCGGGCCCUGCAGCCCGCCCAAGAAGGCUCCGUCCGAGGGGCUGCGGCCGCUCUACCCCGGCGGCGGGGACCCGGGUUCCGGCGGAGGCAGCGAGGAAACCGGCGGGCAGCUCCCGGCGGGGUUCGCCCCCUUCUUCCCUGAGUGCCCGCUGCCCCCGCCGCAGGUGCCCUACGACUACAGCGCCGGCUUCCAGCGCAACGCUUACCCCGGCCUGUAGGGCCGCGAUCGGGGGCUCACCCCCACCGCCCCAGCCCGCCCCGCUUGGGACAAUGAAAUGAGGUGUGGGGGGGAAGAGACCACCCGCCGGAACCCGCCGGACGCUCGGGGAGGGGUGGGGACCCCCCCAUCGCGCACGCGUGGGGCUGGAGGCUCUGCUCUCCCCACCACUCGUGUCCCCUUCCCACCACAAACCACGGCCACGGCCCCUGCAGGGUUCAGCUGUGAGCUCUGCAAGUCGCCUCCUCCAGCGGUUUGGGAGACGCUGCAAAUAAAAUAUGAAAUACUGGGUUCCUUCAGGUGUUUUUCUAGCGGCCGGUGACCCCCUUUCCUUACCCUUCUUUCGGGGUCAGGCUCUGUCCUGCUGUCGGCAGCCACGGAUCGGUGUCCCUGUCUUAAGCGAUCUUGCGACGGGAGCUGCUCUUCUUGAAGAGAGCCCUGACCACUUGUAAGUGAUUUCGGUCUAGAGGUAAAACUCGGCCAGUCCUUGCAGUGAAGUUAUUUUUUUUCCCAGGCUCGGCUGCAUCGCAGGUGCUGAGGGAUGCGCAGCCGAGGACACAAAAUCGAGGGGGGGAAAAAAAUUUAAAAGGCUGCUACCAAAACUUAGCGUCCUGAAGUUUAACAGUGUCUUGCAGGAUCUUGCAAACAGCAAUUUACAGCGGUCCGUAAGUUGAUUGAUGGCUUAAGUUCGGGACAGAAAUGUACUGUAGCCACCGUGGCUAUGUGAGUCCUACAGACCAUUGGAUUCCUUCCAGGAAUGUGUCAAAGCUCGGCAAGCAACGCCCUCAGUCUCAUUGUGUACGGGAGAUUAUUUGAUAAUCAUUUAAGUUAUG